AUGCGCUUCCCGUUUGUGUCUCAAAGUGAUUUGUGGUUACUUAUCCCCGCCGUGAUAUGUCUGUGCGUUUGUCUGGUGGCCACGCCCCUCAACUCUGUGGUCUACGGUAAAGUGUUUGGAGAAAUCACACGAUAUGUAACCGGAAAACAAUCAGCUCAUCUGUUGCUAUCCGAAGUUACCAAACUUUGUGGAAUCCUUAUGGGUAUUGGCGGCGCCAGACUAGUGAUAUCAUGGAUCCUGGUGAUCAUGUAUCUCAAGUUUGGUGAAAGAGUUCAAUCACGUGCGAGAACUGUGGUCUAUUGCGAUGGCAUUCUUGCAACCCCUAUGGACAAUAUUGAGGAUCAACCGGAACUCAUGGGGAAAUUGUCUCAACUUAAUCGGUGUAUCGAAGAAGUGAGAGCAGGUCAUGCUGAUGCCGUUGCGCUUUUCACUGAACUGUUGGCUCUGGUGAUUGGUCUUUUCGUCACCGCUAUGAUACAUUCCUGGUCGCUUACAUUGGUGAUAUUUUGCCUGACGCCUUUAAUGAUUGCGCUGACGGUAUUCUUUGGUAAACUCACCUACCGCAACACCCACGCUGAAAACGAAACAUCCCAGCGAGCGGCUAAAGUGUUGGAUUGGUGCUUGGGAGCAGGCGUUACGUUCGUCAGAGUAUUUGACGGCAUGACACUUGAGCACAGCAGAUUCAAGGCACUUGUCAAAGAUUCGCAAGUCUACUUUAAUAAGUUGACAUUAGCCAUGCAAUCAAACAGUGGUAUAAUCCGCACAUUGACGUUGUUAGCAUUUGCUCAGGGCUUCUGGUUCGGCAACACUAUGAUUUUGCGUGGAGUGCUCAGCGUGGCACAAGUAUUCACCUGCUUUUCUCUGUGUCUUAUUUUGGGAUCGCAGAUGUUUGUGGUACUGUCAAUUGUCCCCUUUUUUAUCAAGGCUGCUGCCGCUCAGGCAUUUAUCAUUGAGUACGUGAAGAAAAUGGCCUCAGCGCCACCAGAAGAAGCCAUCACCUCACCAAAACCAGAAAAGCUCUGCAUCAAGUUGGACAAGGUGAGCUUUGCUUAUCGCACGCGUCCCACUGAUAUUGUUCUCAAGCAGGUGACGCUCAACAUAGAGCCUGGUAUCACAUACGUGGUGGGUCCUCUGGGUUGUGGUAAGUCUACAAUUGCUCUGCUUAUCAUGGGAGUAUACAAACCCACCGACGGCAAAUUGGAAUUGCCAUUCAAUGAUGACAUCACGUUGGUGGAACAAUUUGGAAGUGUAUUCCCUGGGUUGCUGGUAUAUGACAACAUUGCUUUAGCAGUGGUAGGAUCCCAAUAUCGCAAAAUCACUGAUGUCCCUCGUGAUCUCAUCGAGAAAGCAUGUGCGUUUGCUGCAUUUGAUGAAGUUGUUGCCAGUCUUCCUAGUGGACUUGACACUAAGCUUGAAAGCUCUCUCUUACUGGGAGGACAACACCAGCGAUUAUUACUUGCCCGAGCUUGGCUCAGAAACACCCCGGUGCUUAUACUUGACGAGUCCUUGCUGGCAUUGGAUCCAGUGAUGAAGACACAGAUGAGCAAAGCCAUCAAACAAUGGCGAUCACUGGAACAAAUCACGUUGAUCAUCACACAUGAUUACGAUGGAUUCGAAGACGAUGAUCGCGUCAUUGUCAUGAAUGAAGGUAAUGUAGCCGCUGACGGUACCACGAAGGAAGUCCUAAAACAACUGGUAAUGGCAGUGGAGGAGAUGGAGGCAGUACAACAUCAUCAGCUUACUCGUGCUCCAACUACUCACGAGCCGGAGAAACCAAAGAUCAUGAGUUUACUUGCCAUCAUUGGGUGGUUUUUCACUCUGUGUCCAUCAAAGAUGUUGGCUAUUCUCGGAAUUUUUCUGCUGGUUGCCGUGGGUAUUCUCAACCCAGUGUUUCUGUUUUACUUUUCUCAAAUUCUUCAAAUAAUGGUGCUGGGAGUUGAUUCUAAAACACUUACAUCAAUGUCAGCUGCUCUUAUCGGAAUCGCUGUGGGCACGGGGCUCGCACAAUUUUUAUCGGGAUGGCUGUUGGCCAGAGUGAGUGAGCUGUGGAUCGUUGAAAUGAGGAUAGCAGUUAUGCUGAAGCUUGGCCAACAAUCUAUCAGCUACAUGAGCAAGAAGAGCACUCUGGUGGCUGAGAUCACGGCUUUAGUGUUGAACGAUACCCGUGACUUAAGAGGAUUAACCUCAGAUUUCGUGUCGGUAGUGGUGUCAGUGCUGAUUUUGGUGAUUGGUGGGCUUACCUGGGCGUUGGUCAGCGGAUGGAAGCUAGCUUUAGUGGGGCUUGCAUUCAUCCCGUUGAUCGCCAUGGUUUCGAUUGGGUACUCGGGAGUGAUGAGCAAAUACGAAACUAGGUACAAGGAUGUGGUGGCCAGGAUUGAGAAUCACGCUCACAUGACAAUGGAAGGUCUCAAGACAAUUAAAGUAAAUCAUCUGGAAGCAUACUUUGCCCGUAUGUGGUAUGAGUUACUAGAAGAUGCUUUACCUCCAGUGGCGCUAAAGCGGGCGGUAGCGAUGGGGUUUGGUGACCUGGUCAAUGGGAUUAUUGUUGCCAUUUCACAAGGGACGCUUUUAUACUACGGUGCAAAGCUUGUAUCAACUGGAGACUAUACAAGUGACAUGAUGAUCCAAACAAUCACUUUCCUUACUCUUACUGUCACCGGAGCUCUUUCAUACUUGACAAAAAUCCCCAGUAUUGCUCGAGGCAAACGUCUGGCGAGCUAUAUGAAAGAUUUGCUUUAUCUCCAACCAGCGCCAGAAGAGACAGAAGGUACGAUCAUCCCCCUGCUGGGUACGCCAAUGAUUCGGUUUCACGAAGUCCUGUUUGCCUAUGAUCGAGCGUUCAUCCUCCAUGAUGUCGAUUUCUCCAUCCAUCGCAACGAGUUUGUCGCGAUUACGGGGCCUCUGGGAGCCGGUAAGUCGACAAUUGGCAGUUUGUUAGCACGGCUUUACUCUCCGAGGAGCGGUAAGGUGGAGGUGAUGGGUACCAAUAUUGCUGAAUGCGAUAUUCAUUGGCUUCGCCGUAUAGUGGCGUUUGUGCCUCAACAGCCUCAAUUUUUUGACGGAACUGUACUUGACAAUUUAGCAGCCUACGCUGACCAUCCCCCUACUGAGGAUGAAGUAUGGCAGACACUCAAACAAGUACAUAUGGACGAAGUGGUGGCCAAACUUAGCGGUGGUCUCCAUUGUCGAGUCGGAGAUAAGCUGACGGCCUUAUUACUUUCCGGGGGCCAGCUUCAACGGCUUGCAAUUGCUCGUGCCCUCCUUCGGCGACCUCAAAUCGUCGUGUUUGAUGAAUGCACUUCAGCCUUGGACCCGGAUAACACAAAAGCCAUCAUUGAUCUUAUCACUACUGUGCUUGCUGGAAAAUACACAGUGGUCGCGAUCACCCACGACGCGCGCUUUGCUGCUGCGGCUGGACGCCAAUUAAUAGUAAACGGAGGCUAUGUGUACGAGGAAGACACCAGCUGGACCCAAAAGCCUCAGGGGCUGGACUAG